GCAGCCGGGGUCAGGACAUACUGGACGGGAGGGGCUGGGGAGUCCCGCGCGGCAGCUGCAGGUGGAAGUGGCACCAAGUUCAUCUACAAGGACCCAGCAGGGCCCGGACCUCCUCCCCCGCCCUCCUCUUUUUUUCUCAGCAGGGACAAAAUAGGAGCUAAGGAAGAACCUCCCUUCCUCUCCCAGCCAACCUAGCUCGGCCUCCCUUCUGGAGAGGGGAGAGCAAGGUGUGGGAGCCUAGGCUGCUUUGCUCCACCCCUCUCCUCUCCCCCAAACACAGAGCAGAAAUUCACCUUUGCCAGCAGCGUUGUCUGCAAGCUCCAGCAGGACGCGGCACGCCCGGGGCGCAUGGCAGGUGGCCCUCAGCUCGCCUCCGUGGGCACAGCGCGGACAGAGGCCUCCCUCUCCGGCAUGAAGCGCCUCCACUCGGCACCCUGGGCCCCCCUGGUCCUCAGCCUGGCCUUUGCCUCCUUCCACUCGGCUUGCUUGGCAGAAUCAAGCAGCGGCAGCAGCAACUCAACCUUGACUGUCCACCAUCCAGACCUUGAGACCCUGGAGCAGUGCCCCAAUGCCGACUUCUGCCCUCAGGCAGCCCGGUGCUGCCACACCGGCGUGGAUGAGUAUGGCUGGAUCGCGGCUGCCGUUGGUUGGAGUCUCUUGUUUCUCACCCUCAUCCUGCUCUGCGUGGACAAACUGAUGAAGCUCACGCCAGAGGACCCCAAGGACUUGCAGGCGUGAGGCUGAGAAUCCCCGUCCCCAGCAUGUCCAGCACCGCCCGUGUGUGGGUGAGGGUGCCAGGGGAGAGCCAUCAUUUCAAAGUCAUUUCCACCUUUAAACUCUGGUUACUUUUAAAAGGGGAGGAAGAAGGAAAGAUGGACCCGAGCCAGGCCAGGCCAGUGCCUCUGUCACCCCUAAUUUCCAAAGGCCCUUGGGUCCUUUUAUAAUCUGAUCAGCUCCUUUCUCAAGAGGGUCCCCAUGGGAGUGGCUUGUAUUCUAAUCAUCAUUUCCUGCUGGGGUCCAAGGGUGUGGUUCACAAGAAAUAAGUUUUAGUCUUUUCGUCAACACAUUCGAAACUAAACUCAUCACGUCACCCAAAAUCAUUGUCUUUUAUCCCUUUCUUCAAUCAGAGGGGUCACUGUCAUUUCACGAUGUGAGACUCAUCUUGGACAUCCCAACAUGCUCAUGCCCACGUCCCAUGUUGCUUCCCCCCCCUCCCCCGCGAGGCAUAUGGAAUUCCCGGGACCAGGGAUCAGAUCCCGCUAUAAUUGCAACCUAUGCUGCACCUGCAGCUACAGCAAUGCUGGAUCCUUAACCCACUGCACCAAGCCGGGGAUCAAACCUGCAUCCUGGCAUGGCAGAGACACUGCCAAACCCUAAUUCCACAGUGGGAACUCCUGCUUUUUGGGGGGUGGGCAGGGAUCGAACCCUCACCAGAGUUGUGACCUGUGCCGAUGCUUCUCCAGCUCUUGUCUCUUUCUUCAACAUAUCUUCCUGGCCCGGUCCCUAUGCCAUUUCGGGAAUCGUUCAUUUCAUUCUCAGUGCCUUCAGGAUUUCCCUGCACCCCCCUGCCUGUCACUCUCCACCCCACCAGCAGCUGCCAGACCAGGGCCUGUCACUCCCCUGCCGAUAACGUCCAGGAACACCGAAUGAUGGAAGCCUCUCACCUUGGCAUUCCGUUCUUCACACGAGUCCACCCAUCCCCCCGACUCUGUAUCCCAGCACAUCUGGGGUGAGGCUCUGACCGACCCACCCCUCAUCCGAAUGUCUUUUGCUUUUCUGCUGCUGGUUCCUCUGCUAACGAGGCUGCCCUCCACGUCUGCCUCCAGAACGAAGCUUUCCCUGCUCUUGUGUUUGGGGGACCAGGAGCCGGGGGUCUCAGGGCACUUCUGUGUGGCCCUGAGCACAGCCGCUGUGAAUAGGCCUCCUCACAAUCAGCUUAUACUUCCUCUUGCUCUGGGGGCACAGAAAGCACCUCAUACUGUCUGUCCGAUGAAUGAACAAAUAAACAAACACCGGAGCUCUUGCUCUA